GGGUGCAGCGCCGCCAUGGCCGCCCGCGUCCUGAACGUGAAUGUGGGAGUGCUGGGCCACAUCGACAGCGGGAAGACGGCGCUGGCGCGGGCGCUCAGCACCACCGGCUCUACCGCCGCCUUCGACCGGGCGCCGCAGAGCCGCGCGCGGGGCAUCACGCUGGACCUGGGCUUCUCCUGCCUGCGCACCGCGCUGCCGCCGCAGCUCGGCCCGGGGCCCGGCGAGCUGCAGCUCACGCUGGUGGACUGCCCGGGGCACGCCUCCCUCAUCCGCACCAUCAUCGGCGGUGCCCAGAUUAUCGAUUUAAUGAUGCUUGUGAUAGAUGUGACAAAAGGGAUGCAGACACAGUCAGCAGAGUGCUUGGUAAUUGGGCAAAUUGCCUGCCAGAAGAUGGUGGUAGUCCUGAACAAAAUAGAUCUCCUUCCAGAGGGGAAGAGACAGAGUGCCAUUGAGAAGAUGACUAAGAAAAUGCAGAAGACCUUGGAAAAUACCAAAUUCUCUGGGUGUCCUAUUGUUGCUGUUGCAGCAAAGCCUGGUGGACCAGAAGCCCCAGAGUCUGAGAAUCCACAGGGUAUUUCUGAAUUAAUCGAGGUCUUGAAGUCUCAGGCUUACCUGCCAUCAAGAGACCCCUCAGGACACUUCCUUAUGGCAGUUGACCACUGUUUCUCUAUCAAGGGUCAAGGCACAGUGAUGACAGGGACCAUUCUUUCUGGCUCUGUUAGCCUUGGUGACAAUGUGGAGAUUCCUGCCCUGAAGGUGACAAAGAGGGUCAAGUCCAUGCAGAUGUUCCAUACUCCUGUGACUUAUGCAAUGCAGGGUGACAGAGUAGGUGUCUGCGUGACCCAGUUUGAUCCCAAGCUGCUGGAACGAGGCCUGAUUUGCACCCCAGAUUCACUUCACACCAUCCACGCUGCCAUCAUUUCCUUGAAGAAAAUUCAGUAUUUUCGAGGAUCCCUUCAGACUAAGGCCAAGUUCCACAUCACAGUCGGUCACGAGACAGUUAUGGGAAGAGUGAUGUUUUUCAGUCCAGCCCCUGCUGACUUCAAUGAAGAAAUUCAAGAAAAUGUGUUCAAUUUUGAAAAAGAUUAUCUUUAUCAAGAGCAAUAUUUGUCCAAGGACGCACUUUCUUCAGAGGAGAACAAAGAAAAUGACCAGACAGGAGAAGUGCAGCUCCCAAAACAGCAGUGGGCUUUGCUGGAGUUUGAAAAACCAGUCACUUGUCCUAAACUGUGCCUUGUGAUUGGCUCUAAGCUGGAUACAGAUAUUCAUGCCAAUACCUGCAGGCUGGCAUUCCAUGGGGUACUGCUUCAAGGCAUGGAAGACAAGAACUACACAGAGACUUUCCUUCCAAAGCUGAAAGUGUACAAACAGAAGCACAAAGAAGGACAAGUGGAAAGGGUGAUGGACGAUUACAAUGUGAUUGGUCGUUCAUUGUUUAAAAAGGAAACAAACAUCCAGAUUUUUGUGGGUCUGAAAGUGAAACUGUCAACAGGAGAAGAUGGAAUAAUAGAUGGUGGUUUUGGACAAAGUGGUAAAUUCAAAAUCCGAAUUCCAGAUGGGCUGAAGCCAGAUACCAAGAUGCUGCUGACUGCUGCCUCCAAGAAGAAAUCUAAGGGAGGGAAGGGGGAUAUGACCAAAGAGGAUGAAAGCAGCAAGAAUGAUUCAGCCCAACCUGUUACUAUCUCUCUUAUCUUUAAAAGAUAUGUUUUUGAUACACAGAAGAAAAUGAUUCAAUCCUGAGGAAACAAGAGAGGCUUCUGAUUACACCUUAAAGUCCAGACCCUGAAAUGCAUUGAGGUGGAAUGUGUUUCUUGUUCAAACACAUUAGACCUGUUCCUUCCUCACAAACAGAGCCUGGAAGCUUUUCCUGACUGUGCCCCCAUCCAGAAUCUCUGCAAUCUCAGAUUGUUCAGUUCAAAUUUGCUUAUUUUGUAAUUUCUGUGAUGUGCAUCUUUAUGGCAUCUCAGAGAAUCUCACCUGCCAGAUGAGCAGCCCUGGGUGUACGUUCUAAUUGCACUGUUUUCCUGGAUAAUUGUGUUGAAGUUUCUCUUGAUUUAGAAGUUUGCCACCAAGUCAGGAUGUAAACUUCAUGUGACCCACAAAGUGAAGCUGAUUAUUCUAGGCUUACUUCUUUGAGCAAAGUGGGAGACAGAAGGCAUACUAUUUAAUAGUUGAAAGCUAAAAUGGAUGUUUCACAUUCCUUCAGUUGCAACUAUGUGAGAUGCUAUGUGAGAGAUGGUAUGGAUGUUUUUUAGAAAUACAGUUCAUAUCUAGAAAUGUUUUCCAUAUUAAACAUAAUGAUCUGUGUAGCUGAGAGUCUUAAUUGUUCUGUUUGCUCUUCCAAAGGUUCAGAAUUUAUCUUCAUUGACAUUUUAUGUAACUUUUUUGAUUUUCCUGCCUGUUCUGCAAUGAAUCCUAUUCCAAAACUGUUUUCUUUUUCUUUUUUCUUUUUUUGUUUUUUUUUGGUAACCAAAAUGCCUUUUGUGUGUGAAAGAAAAAGUUGCCUCUGGAAAUAGUCAAGGGCUUUAUUUCAUUAAAAUAAUGAUAGAAGAUUGCUGCAUAAGCCUUGUAAAAUGAGUGUCUCCAAGAUGCUUUAGAAACCAUUAGUUUUUAAUAGGGAUUUCAUGGCUGCUUUAGCUCUUUCUUUCAAUUUCGUGUCCUAGGCUCAUAAAAAGGAGAGCACUGGUAAUAUCCCUUCCUUGUUGCAUAAAAAGUAUAGGACACCUUAACAUGAAAACUAACAGCAAUUCCACAGGUAUGAAAGCUGCAGUCUGGAACAGAAAUUGGACUCAGGCUUGGCAGCAUGGCAAAUGUUGGUUCCUGCCUUUGGAACACAAAGAGUACCUGCUUGUUGAUGCUGAAUAGCAGCCUGUGACCCUUUUGCUCAAGUCAGCUAUAGAUGGUGAUCAUAUGUACAAUGUAAGUGCAUGUUGCACGUGGAGGUAAAUAAUUGCUGCAUUCAUUCUUAUUAAUCAUAUUAUUAUAUCCCUUGAUGGGCAUGAGUCCAUCAUGAUAACAUGAUCCUGAUUUUUUUCCAGUCUUACCCUUUUAAUUUCUAGGUAGCCAAAGUGGCUACAAAUGGCAAAGUUAUCAGCUAUUGAGAGGAUAUUUACAGCUGGACAAUUGUGAGACAGAGCAAGCCUGGUGUCUAAACUAGGCUGAUGGUCCCCCUUUAAAUCAGAACAGAAUUAGUGCUUUGUGUAAUAAUCCCAAACAGUUUCUGCUGAGUGAGUCCCAGCAAAGCUUUAGCACAUCCCUUAAGAUUAUGGGGUAUGCUUUCAGUGUGAUCCCAGAGGAAUUAGGCAGGCAACUUCAGCUAUUGGCUUAACGUAACUUGUGCUGCCAGCCUUGCUGGAAAAUGUAUCCUUCUGUAAUGGAAAAAAUGCAUUUCACACCCCUGUCACCUCUCCUUCCCCAUUUCUCUCUUCUUCCCAAACACCCCCAAAAGCAGUCUUUGGAAAGAAUAUUUAUAAUGUCAUCUUUCUUUUAAGCCUUUAUCAAAUCCCGUUUUGUACUCUGCACUGUUACCUCUGCCUAAGGUACUGCAGUGAUGAACAGGUGACAUUGAAGGAACAGUGUUACUAUCAUCCCAGGUUACUCUCAGAAUUAUGGGUAUAAAAAAAGUAAUUAAAUGCUCCUAGUUAUUAAGGAACUUAUAUCUGUCUUGUAUCUGUAUAGUUCUAGUGUCCUUGCCAAAUUUUAAAUGGGUUGCUAAUUUGGAGUACUGGAAAGAAAAGGGGAGUGAUCAGGAAAGGUGCUUCCAUAGUUGUUAUCCUUGUACUUAAAGGAUUUUGUCUUUUCUCAUUUCUAAGAUACUUUUGAGUAGUUCUGGAGAGGAGGUUGUCAGUGUAAAUGGGGGUAUGUAUUUUUGCAAAGCCUAUCUGAUGAAUGUUUUCCCCCCACACCGUGGAUUGCCCUUAACAGGAUCAGUGAGUCUGUUGUUAUGGAACUUGAUCCCUUUGAAAACUCAUUAACCCUGAACACUUAGAUCUGCAGUCCUCUUCUUGGCUGAAAGGACUGCUGGUGCAGGGAGUCCCAUGGUUUAUUUGCUUGGGUACUCCAAGGGAGUGAGCAGCAAUAAUUCCAGAGUUGGACCUACAUCCCUUUCUCAUCCAGUCUCUUGUAAACAUAUUUUUAAAAUCUCCCUCCUAUCUUCCAUUUCAUUUCCAGACUAGCAUACUAGCUUGGCAUUUUUCUUCCAUCUUCUCAGUCUAAGACCUGAUCUCUUCCUCAGUGCUCCCAUUUCCUUCUUUGCUCAUUGCUUCUCCCUGCGCUUGCCCUGGGGAUCCAUGGCAGGGCUCCCACGACGUUUGCUGGGAGCCCGGUGAGGUGGGGAAGGCUCUUGGCUUGCAGCUCAUCCCUGCUCCUGUGUGCACUGAGGAGCUGCCUCUGUUCAGGCUUUGACCCUGAGCAGCUCUGAUGGGCCCACAGGAGCAGGCAGUGCCUUCAGCUGCCCCCCUACCCUGCCCUGUGCCUCGGAAUCCUCUGCAGAAAGCCCCUGUCACAAAGCCUCGUCCUCUCCUUUCGCUCCUGCUGCAGACGUCCGUGUGGGAUACACAGCUGGGGAGGGAUCUGUUGAAGACUGGAGCUUGGUUUUGUGUUUCUCCCAAUGUAGAAUUCCAAAGGGAGAACCUAAAUGUGCCCAAGAACUUUGAUUAUAAUGUGCUAUUACUGCAGAUCUCUGGCUACUGUCCUGAGGCUGUUGGAUACACAUUCGAAAAAGGGUGAAAUGGUGGAACAAAAUGAUUAUGGGAAAAUCAAAGCUUUAAAAGACAUUUGUAGGAUGAACAGAUGUUCAAACAUUCUUUUAUUUGGUUUCCAGACAGACGUAGAGACUUUCCUUUCAUCCUCAUAAUCAGUGCAUUAUGCUGUAAUUUGUAAAAAUGGCAUUAAAAAAAUAUUAACAGGGUCAUAUUGUGAUCUACUGACUCUGUGUCAUUAAGCCGUGAAGUUAAGAACGGCAGCUGGGAGCAGGGGUUAAAUGUUGCAGAAUGUACUGUACUAGCAUAUAUUGUCAGACUGUAUUAUAAUGAAUCCAAAAUGGAAUAAAGAUGUAAGGAGGUUUUUUUAAUACUCCUAAGGUUGUCAGUGUUGCAAAACUAGAAAUUAUUACGGCUGUGCAGAUGUUUGGUGAGUAAUACAUCUUUGGGUUGUGGAGAGAGUAGCAGGGAGAAAAGCUUCAUUUUUACAAGCCUGUUUUCUACUUUUCCUUGGAAUUUAUUUUGGGACUGCAGUCUGGCUUGUGAUCAUGCCAGAGGUCUGGAGCCAGGAGGGUCAAAGCUGUGCUCAUGGUAGCAAGGAUGCAGUAGGUGGCAUCCUUUGCUUGGAAUCUAAGCUGAGCCUCCCCACCUAAAAAGGGGGUUUGCACUGGAACUGUGACUGAAGGGUUUGCAGCAGGCUUGCAACCCAGCUCUUAAAGAACAGCUUCUGUUAAAAACUACAAUGCAUUUAAUGUCUGGGACAGAGCCAUCAACUCCAGUCUGUUGACCAAAGCCUGAGGCACCAGUGUCCCUUCUGUGUAUGUUUCUGGCUCAGCUGAAAAUAGCUCUGUCUCUUAAAUCCUGUAUUAGUUGGUUGCAAGUAAGUGACUGUGGAAAAGUGAACCAUCUGCACCAGGGCAGUUCUUGAUGUGUACAAGGCAUCUGUUUCUGGCAAUAGCACUUUCCUUGGCUGUUGGACUCUGCAGUUGAACAGCCACGGGGUGGUGAAGCAAAAUGAGAGCCCAUCACAGCUCAUGGGGAGUUGCAGUGGUGAAGCCACAGUCCACCCCAGCACUGUUUGCCUCUCACUGCUGGGAGAGCAGCUCUGUGUUUACAUCUGCAAAGUGCUCUGGGGUCUUGUGAGAUGAGGGAUGAAAGGCAGCAGAGGAAUGCUACCUUCUUAGCAGUUUCAAAACCCCUUCAUGCUUCCCUUUUAGUUUAAUACCCACAGUGAGCUGGAAAGCUCUUCAUUUACAAACACAUGAGUUUUAACCAGACUUGUUGAGGAUAUAAAUAGAAUUAUUUUAAGAUAGAGCCUAGUUCUGGGAUCUAACCUGCCAAGCCUGCAGAAAACGAAGAACUUUAUAACUGCAAUCUGUGGUAAGGCCAGUUUUGCUAGAUGAGCACCCAGAAGGAAUCCAGGGGCUUGGGGAGGCUGAGUUUAAGCAAGAUCCUGGCAGUCUUCUGAGAUUGUCCACAAACUCUCCUGCUGUUCUGUGCAAAAACAGGUUAAAAACAUCAGUAGACAAACUGUAGACAAUAUACGAGGAAAAAGAGCACAGUGGAUCUGCUUAUUUCCCAUUGUCAGUGCCAGAAUGUGGAGUCUUGCUCACAUCUCCUGCUGUGUGUGCUGUGCUAGUUGAAGUUCCAGUUGUUGGGUUUCCACUCCUCAGUAAGUGUUACAGUUUUUAUUUUGUGUCUGGUACAAGUGCUUUUCCAAGAUGGUGUAAUCAGCCUGCAAGGCUUGGAUCAUCCAUUUCCUCCUCAAGGACUGUUGCUUGUCAAAGGUGACUCCUCUAAGGGGCAUCUAAGCCAUACCUUUCUGAUAUGCAUUUAUAUAUCAGAAAUUUGUUUUUCUAGUAAAGGACAGGAGAGGGAAUGUAUCAAAUUCUUAUAUUUUUUUUUUUUUAUUUCAUAGUCAGCUGUGAAAGGAACUCAUUGAACAGAAUCAGAAAAUACUGCAAGAUCUUUGGUAAAUAUCAACACUGCACUGCUUUACAAGGCACUUUCUUAAAAACGAGACUGUCUUUUUGACUAUUGAGUCCUUGCCAGUCCUGCCUGUUCUAGUUCAUAUUUCUUAACCAAGAGGUAAUUUGAGGUCUGGAUCAAGUGCUGCUAAACUGACAGCCCCAGCAGUGAAUGAGGUUCCUGCUAACACUCUUGCACUGCCUUUUUGGCUAAACUGAUCUGAUUACUUUUGAUCCUUUCAGAAAGCUGGGCUCUUCAUUAGCUCUAGCAUGUUCUGUUUAGAUCAAUUUCUUCUCCUUUGAGUGGGAGUCAUGCAGUUUUCUUGUGUGUUGGUUGAUCAUUCUGAGAUUUCUCAAGGGCCUCGUUCAUGUCAAUCAGAGAGACUCCAUCCUUUUUGGACCACAAAAUUGUUUUUAUUAGGCUGUACGUGGCCCCCAUUCAGAUGUGUACGAGCCGAUUCUUUUAUACUAUUUUCUGUGAAAACUGAUAUUUUAGUGCCUAUAACUUGAGUCUGACAGUUAGGAGUGAUCCAUGCCCUCAUGGUGAAUUCAUUCCCAAAACAGCAUUCCAUAAGGACAAGCUGAAACUUAGACCCCACACAGAAGUUUUUGCCUAAAUUUCUUCGUUUUUGCUAAAGUAAGUGAUCCAUCAUCUAGUUUUCUUUCUUAAGCCUCACUUCAACCAAAGCUGACUUGAACUCUCUGAGAACAUAGUUUUGUUACCUGGAAAGAUCAAGGUCUUUCAGAAGCUCUUCUAGACACUGUUAAGUUACUGAAAUAUUAUCUGCAUUGGUGCCCACCUCUGUUAAAUGGAUAUGGGAAUUUUUUUUCUGCAGAGUGCUGGUCAUGCUGUUUGUGAGGACAGUAGAAAUGCAGAUGGGGUAAUUAGUUACUUAUUGUGCAAGAAUAACUAAAAUUAUUCCCCCCAAAAAUCAGGCAUCUGAGAAGUGUGUUUUCACAUGCACAUCUUACUUGUUUCCUCUUUAGAUGAACUAAGGUAGGUUUCAAUUGCUGAUGAAUGUGGAAGGGAAAAGGAAGGGAUGGUUUUGUGUCAUCUUGCCUUUUAAAAAGAUUGUUGGGAAGCUUUGGCAGGAGAAGCAUUUUGUUCUGAGAGAAAUGCAAAUCACUUUAUACCUCAGUGUUUGGGGGGUUUGUGUUGUUUUUGUGUUGUGAAGAUUGAUCUGUGCUUGGAACCCCACUGGGUGAGUGGACAGUUUGGUCUCCAUCCAGUUCUAAAUUGAGCUCUAAAUCUCAUUUGCCAUCUGGCAAAGCAUGGCAUGACUGGGCAGUUUCAGGCAGAGGUCUGGAUUUAGAACAGUGGAAGAACACAGAGGUUUGCCAGUUUGGAAUGAAAAUAGAACUGUCAGGAACACAAAACUCAAUGAGAGGCAUGGGCUUAGACUGAAAUGUAUUUGUCAGGACCUUAAACUGCUGUAAUAAUGGUAUCUGAGCACAAAUAUUUAAUAAUUUAUGUAACCUGUUGUUACAACAGGUACAUAAAUCUUUAAGCAUCACAGUUUAACAUACACAAAUACUUUUAAAGCUGAAGUUGCUUUAAUUGAGAUCAGUAUUGAGAAAAGCUCUUACAAAAUAUUUUGAGUUCUCAGUACCAAGUCCUGUCAGUAUUUGACAAUUUUUGCCUUUGAUAUAUGAUGUAUUUCAAAAUCACAUCAUUAUGUACAACUUGCACUCACUUACGUGUUUGUGCAGUGACUCGAUGCCCAACUGAUGUGUACAAAAGUGGGAGAAUGAAUUUGGUCAGUUGUCCACUGCCACGUGUGGGAUGUCACGGGGGUGGACCUGAGUAUUGAGACUGUGGCUCCUGCUGCUUCUCUUCCCACGUUCCCCUUGCUGCCACGUGAAGGGCACUGAUGAGUCUGCUGUUCCCAGCCUUGAGGGCAGUCUGGACUCCUCAGAACAUUUCUGUCCUGUGACAAAAGUAAGAGGAAAUCUGUCAUAACUUUAUCUUUCACUGAGGCAGUGCAGACAGAGUUUGUCCAUGUGGUCCAUAUUUGGUUUUGUCCAUCUUCCAAAGGAAGGUUCUUAACUGGAUUGUCUGUGCAUUGCCCUCCACCCUAACAUCGAAAGCUCAUGUAGGAAUUGGUACCUGUGUCCCACUACUAAAACGGGCAGAAGUGAACUUGUGGUAACUUUGUCCACAAUUUUAUUUGUUGAAAUACUAACAUUAAAGUCAUCUGUGAGAGAGCAGCAAAGACCACCUUCAAUUUGUACACAAGGCUUGCUAAUUUGCAACAUUAGUUUUGCUGGUUAGCGUGGGGUGGUUUUUUUCCCCUUAAUUAGAAAUUUUAAUUAGACCAUGCUGUGUAUUAAGAUGUUAAAGCUUUGACUGGCAGUUUGGAAUUGCAGAAGGAUCAGCUCUCUCUGCAGGGUUGCAGCACAACAGGGAUUAGCUCGCACCCUCCUGCCUGCAGGUGUGUUUUGCUUCUUGAGGAAAUGUUCCUCAAGGCAGGAAGCAUUCAUCGUCCUGAUCAGACCUGUCUGUUCCAAGGAGCCUGAGCUCAGGGAAGAGCUGCAGAUUCACAGAUCAUGCACAAGGUGUAAGGACAAAGUCUCAAACCUGAAUGACAAAUAGGUCAUUUGUUGGAGUGUUUCACCACAGCACCUUUGUCUGCUGAACUCCGGUUGUGCCAGUGCAGGAAGGUUCCUCGUCUUUGGAGAUCAGCUGCCAUGCUGGCCCUUCUGCAGCUCCAAUUUUCAGUCCUGUAAUGUAGAAGAGCUGCCUGAAGGGAUUUCCCCAUGCCUGAUGUGCUGAUCUGGGCUGUCUGUAGCACACCAUGCAUAGCGAGUUGCUGGGUGUGAGGGAGCCUUGUGGGCUGAUGUAUUUGGAAUUGCUCAAGCUCCCUUACCUCGUUUUUCUUUCUUGUUUUAAAGCAGAUUCAAGGGGAGAUAGGACAGAUUUUUAAAAAUUAGCAUUUAAUGUUUCCAGCAUCACACUCCUGGAAAGUACAAAAACUUCUGCCAUGGAUAAUUAUGGAAUAACCUAUAUAAGGGAACUGUUUCCCCAGUCUCCUCACAACUGGUGGAUAUCUUGUGUCCUUUGAGCCUGAAAAUUUGUAUUUUUCUUCUGUCUAGAGUAAGUGUGGGUUUUUCUGUUAGCCAGACAAAUACACAAUCAUUUAAAAAACUGCUGAAAUGCAUUUUCCAAGAUAUCUUGUGGCACUCUAACCCACAAGCUAAUUACGGUACUGCAAUUAUAAUUUGCUAUUUUGAGUUGAUUUCAUAUUCUGCAGGAACAGAAGUCGUGAUUUUCCUUAUUUCUUGCUGUUAGUUUGUUUAUCAGAUGUCAUCUCUCUUCAGAAGUGCAAAUCUUUGCCACCUCUGUUGGUAUAGAAAACUAUCCAUGUUUCUAAUGGUUUUACUUAAUCAAUAUGCUCUUAAAAAUGAAGAUUGAUAAGUAACAUUUUAAUAAUUUCAAUAUUAACUGUCCCUUCUAAGCAUCAUCCCACAGAGUUCUGCUGUGCAGGGUCCCUGUUCUAUUGAGUGUACAUUUCUAUUGAGGGUUCACAUUGAUGCCCAAAUCCUUCAUCAUGGAUUCUUCUGUGAAUAUAUUCACAUAGUUCAAUUUAUAUGUUAUUGACAGUUAACUUUCACUUGUCAAUACUCAAUUUCAGCCUAGCUUUGGUGGUACUUAAGUCUACCUCCUCUUCCUGCCAGCUGUAUUAACCUUCUGCUAUUUGCAAAUCUUGUCCAGUUUUAGUUCUUCUCUUUCCAGAGGGUCACUGGUUGAGCAACACUGAGUUAGUGUGGACUUUUUUAGCACGUGUUUGAUCUUUCAUUUGAUUAAAGCCAGAUCCUUACUCCUGUCCUUUUCUUUCUUUGCUUUUCUUGCAGAAAGUCUUUGGUAGCCAAAUGGUUUAUGAAUGUGUGUGUAUAAUUUCAGUAUAGUAGAAGUAUCCAGUUUUCCUUGGGUUUUUUCGGUGCUUAGUGAAUGACAUUGGUCAGGAUGAUUGGCCAGCCUGGUUUUGAUUGAUGCCUCAUGGUUUUAUCUGGCACUGAAGUAAGCUGACACUGGUCUGUAAUUCCUUGUAAGUUCUGUUUUAAAGAAAGUGGUAACUCUGGCAAUUGACUGUAGUUAAGACAUAUAUGUCUGUUAGUGUGUAA